AUGGAAGAUAUUCAUGUCCGAGCUGCAAAUAUAAUUGACGACCUUGGUCAAUCAGUAAUAUUACCGGUACGCGGAAUGACUUGUCAUUCAUGCGUCCACUCCAUUACGAGUGCUUUAAAAAUUGUUCAAGGCAUUAAUAGUGUGGUGGUCAGCCUUGAAAAUGAGAAUGCGACUGUGGAAUAUGACGAGGAGUUAGUUAAAGAACAAGAUAUAAUACAAGUAAUUGAAAAUUGUGGAUUUGAAGUUCCUAUUAUAUCAAAAGUUAAUUUAAUAUCGCCAUUAGUCUCAGAAUUUGCGCCAUUUACUAAUAUUACCUUAAAGAAUUCACCACAUCAGGAGUCUUUUCCACUCAAAACAAUAAAAAAUCAUACUUUCGAUCCAGAUAAAAUACGUGUUUGUCAGAUCAAUGUACGUGGAAUGACUUGCGCAUCCUGUGUCAAUAAUAUCGAAAAACAUCUUCGCGGAGUUUCUGGAAUUGAAUCUAUUAAAGUUUCCUUACUAGCCGAGCGAGCUGUAGUAGAAUAUAAUACAGAUGUUAUAAAUGAUCACAAGAUAGCCGAAAUAAUUAAUAGUAUUGGAUUUGAAGCCUCUCCUAUUCAACCAAAACGUGAAGACAGAAUUGAAAUUCAAAUUUUUGGAAUGAAAAAUUCUUCAAACGUUGAAGAAAUUAAACAAGAACUGUUCAAGGUUCCCGGAAUAUUUAAUGUAUCUAUAGACUUUAAUACCACAAUUGGUGUGAUUCAAUUCGAUAAGGAACAAUUAGGCGUUCGAGAUAUUGUGGACAAAAUUGAAAAUAUUGGUGAUUCUGGCUUUAGUGUCUUGAUCUAUGACAAUAGUCAAAAGACACAAUUAGAAUCAUUGGCUCGUACAAGAGAGAUCACUGAAUGGCGAAGGGCAUUUUACCAGUCUCUUGCCUUUGCUAUUCCGGUAUUUCUUGUUUCCAUGGUUCUUCCAGGAUUUGCUUGGGGUUCAGUCUUAGUUGAUGUAAUGCUACUUCCUGGAAUUUACAGUGGUGACCUUAUCAGUCUCAUAUUGACCAUACCAGUACAAUUUGGUGUCGGUAAACGAUUUUACAUUACUUCUUAUAAAGCUCUUAAACAUAAAUCCGCAACCAUGGAUGUCUUGAUAGUUUUAGGGACUACUUCAGCCUUUACUUUUUCAUGUUUCGCAAUGUUUUAUGCGUUAAUUUUUUAUCCACAUGAUAGGCCGUCAUCUGUAUUUUUCGAUACAUCAACCAUGUUGAUCACAUUUGUAACUUUCGGUCGAUAUUUGGAAAAUAUGGCCAAAGGGAAAACUUCUAUUGCUUUAUCAAAACUCAUGUCACUUACACCUGCUGUAACAACCAUCUUCAUCAAAGAUCCUAAAACUGCUGAUAUUAUAGAAGAAAAAAAGAUUCCUACAGAAUUAGUACAAGUGGGAGAUUUGGUUAAAAUCGUGCCAGGUGAUAAAAUUCCCGCAGAUGGCACUGUUAUUUCCGGUCAAUCAACGGUAGAUGAAUCAAUGGUCACUGGUGAAGCUGAUCCGGUAACUAAACGACCGGGAGAUUUGGUAAUUGGUGGAACUGUUAAUGAAUUAGGUACUUUUGAUAUGGAGGUUACACGUGCAGGAAGUGAUACUGCAUUAUCUCAAAUAGUGAAGUUGGUAGAAGAAGCACAAACUUCGAAAGCACCAAUUCAAGAAUUUGCUGACACAGUCGCCGGAUAUUUUGUACCAGUUGUCAUCUGUUUAGGAGGAUUAACAUUUGUCGGAUGGAUGGUUCUAACUAGAAUAAUGUAUCCGCUUCCCGAAAUCUUUGCUGAUGAGAGUUAUUUCAUGGUUUGUUUAAAACUAUGUAUUUCUGUUAUAGUGGUGGCAUGUCCUUGUGCACUAGGUCUUAGUACACCUACGGCCGUAAUGGUUGGUACAGGAGUAGGUGCACAAAAUGGAAUAUUAAUUAAAAGUGGUGGUGCACUUGAAACGGGUCAUAAAGUUACAAAAGUUGUAUUUGAUAAAACCGGAACUUUGACAAAAGGCCAAUUGGACGUUGUUCAUUAUGAAUUAAUGAUCGAAAAUUCAGAAUUAACUAAGGAAAUAUUUUUUGAAAUUAUUGGAGCAGCUGAAUCAUCAAGCGAACAUCCCCUCGGUCGUUCUAUAACUAAUCACGGGAAAAAAAUUUUAUGUAUUGAAACAUAUGGUGCAAAUGUUUCGGAUUUUCAAAGUUUUUCGGGACUUGGUAUAAAAUGUACUGUCAGUCUUAAAACAGACCGUACUAAUACGAAACAAAAGACUGAUUCUACAAUCACAGAUAUAAAAACUUAUGAUGUAUUGAUAGGAAAUGAACGAUUAUUGACACAACAUAAUGGAAUUAUGCUCCCAGAAUCAGCAGUCACACUCAAAGAAACACAAGAACGACUUGGACAUACAACUGUUCUAGUAAGCAUAGAUAAAGAAUUGGUAGGGUUAAUAUUCCUUUCGGAUAUAAUUAAACCAGAAUCUAAAAUUGCAGUUGGCGCAUUAAGACGAAUGGGUAUAGACGUUAUAAUGGUAACCGGUGACCAAUUAUUAACAGCUCAGACCAUAGCUUCACAAUGUGGAAUAACUGAAGUUCACGCAGGAGUUUCACCAAAAGGUAAAACUCAAAUAAUACAAUCAAUAAAAUGUGAAGGUCGAGGAAAUAUUGUGGCAAUGGUUGGUGAUGGAAUAAAUGAUUCACCAGCUUUAGCGGCAGCAGAUUUAGGAAUUGCAUUAUGUUCUGGAACUGAUAUAGCAAUCGAAGCAGCAGAUAUAGUGCUUAUGCGACCAGACAUGACAGAUGUAGUUGCAUCUAUAGAUUUAUCACGAACUAUAUUUAAAAGGAUACGGUUAAAUUUUCUAUGGGCAUGUUUAUAUAAUUUAUUAGGAAUUCCAUUUGCCAUGGGAUUAUUUCUACCAUGGGGAUAUCAUUUACACCCUAUGAUGGCAGGUUUCGCCAUGGCUUGUUCAAGUGUUAGUGUAGUAUGUUCUAGUUUACUGCUUAGAUGGUGGACUAAGCCAAUUUGGGUUGAUGAUGGAAAGGGAGGAGUAAGAAGGGUGAAAGAUGAUAGUGGAUUAAUUAAUACGGUUAUUGCAACUUUGAAAACUGGGCCUACUAUGCCUCGUGGGGCAGCAACUGGUUACAGACGUUUGGCAGUUGAGGACGAAAUGUAA